AUGACCAGGGCCUCGUUACUACCAGGGUCCCGCUACCACCAGGGCCACGCUAUGACCAGGGCCUCGUUACUACCAGGGUCCCGCUACCCCCAGGGCCACGUUAUGACCAGGGCCUCGUUACUACCAGGGUCCCGCUACCCCCAGGGCCACGCUAUGACCAGGGCCUCGUUACUACCAGGGUCCCGCUACCCCCAGGGCCACGCUAUGACCAGGGCCUCGUUACUACCUGGGUCCCGCUACCACCAGGGCCAUGCUAUGACCAGGGCCUCGUUACUACCAGGGUCCCGCUACCCCCAGGGCCACGCUAUGACCAGGGCCUCGUUACUACCAGGGUCCCGCUACCCCCAGGGCCACGCUAUGACCAGGGCCUCGUUACUACCUGGGUCCCGCUACCACCAGGGCCAUGCUAUGACCAGGGCCUCGUUACUACCAGGGUCCCGCUACCCCCAGGGCCAAUCUAUGACCAGGGCCUCGUUACUACCAGGGUCCCGCUACCCCCAGGGCCAAUCUAUGACCAGGGCCUCGUUACUACCAGGGUCCCGCUACCCCCCCCCCCCGGCCACGCUAUGA